UGCGCUGUGUGCAGGCGUCGAGGCUGCAGACAGCUCGCAGCGCAAGCAUUUCACUGUAUUUCAAGGAAAACUCUCUCCUGACUGACUCAGCUACCGCUGAGGCAUGUUGUGUUAAAGAAACACCUAUGCAGGUGGAUCCUACACUAAUGAAUGUAGGGGAUGGAGGCACGGUGAGCAGAGAGAUCAGUGCUCCAAAUAAAGCGUCUGCUAGUAUGGUGGGAAACCCCCCCCAGACGCUACCCCCUGAGUUUAGAGGAGAUGUUACCCUCAGUCAGCAAAACCAGACCACACCAACAACAGACUGUAAGACAGCAAAAGCCUGCCUGGACACUAGCAAUUACAACCACAGCCCUGAGCUGUCUCCACCUCAGCAGCCCCACAAUGCACCGUCGUCCGGCUCAGCACUCAGCGGCUCAGAGAAGAGAGCAGACAAAAGGGCAGAGGCCCCUAAACUCAAGGCGGAUGGUGCGGGGGUCUUCCCCACUCCUCAGUGGUCGGGUGGCGUAAAAGUCAGCCGGGAGGACUCACUCAGCCCCUCGCACAGCAACGUGACAUCCAGUAAGAAAUCACAACCGCAAACACAAUCUGUGCAAAGUGCACCACCUGGGUUUCAGUGCUCCACCAUGUUUAAACCAGCCCAGCCUGUUACCUUCCUUCCUUCCACUACUUUCCCCUCUCCACUUUGUAAAAUCACUCUUCCACCAGCAUUGGGUCAGAUUGCGGCAUUGAGAGAAGCCACAGCCAGUCAGUUUCAGAAAGAGAUUCCGCCUCAAAGCUCAGGUGUCGGAGGGACACCUCUCUUGCGGACCUAUCCAUAUCCGUUCUCGGUGGGCAGGACUCCAGCUGCAGAGAAAAAAGCCGGCGCAUCAUCGUCAAAACUUAAAUCUAACCAUUCAGCCAAUAAGAAAUCCAAAUCUGUGGGAGAGCAUAUAUCUUUAGCCUCAGUUGUGGCCUCACCAGCUAUUGCCCUACCAUUGCAGCACCCUUCAUUAACUCCCGCAGCACCCACCCGCUACACGCUGUCUCCCACUGCUGCCAUUUGCUGUGGCUCUGCUCUGGCCAGCAUCACCUCUCAGAGCAGACUGCUGAACCAUGUGGAGAAAAGCAACAGCGUAGACAAGGCGACCACGGGCUCUCUUAAAACGACACCUCCCUCUGCUUCAGACGACCAUACAGCUUGUCCUGUUGAACCGAGAGACGUACCUCUUGAUUUAUCGGCUAAAUCGAAACGCCCAAAAUGCUUAAGUGACCCCCCAGUAACGAUUAGCGAGCCUCCUAAUAAUGAGUCAAAUCAGAGAGAUUUUCUUAACUCAAAGAAGGCUAAUUCUACAACGUAUAGCUCAGCUGUGCAAUACCCGAUCCUACCCAACACACACAGAAAUGGAUCGCAUCAAAAGCAAUUAAAUAGGCCUCAGAACCACCAGGUCCAAGAGCCCAAACCAACCUGGGGUAAGGGGUCUUCACAAGACCCCAUAAAAAACAUCCCUGGAACAUAUGUUGGUGUGGCCAGCCCGAUACUGGCUUCUACUCUACGGGGCAAAGACGGAAAAGGGACUUUUGCAGAUGAAUUUCAGAGUUUUGCAAAGCAGGAGUUUAUAUCUAUAAUUGACCAAGGAGAGCAUCUGUCAUCAGGAGGAAAGAAGCCAUCCUGUGUGACGAAGGGCAACCAACACGGUGUCAAGCGUGUUAAAAACAGCAGCAUAGCCAUAACUAAGAACUGUACCUCUAAAGGAGCACUAACGACCGCCCUUUCAGGCUCUGCCAGCGCUCAGACUCCUCAGAAAUCUGGAGCUGGCAAAGCAGCGGUGCCAUACUCUAACACCGUCGUCAGUCCAGCUUGGCAGCAGCCGCCUAAUAUGUCGCACCAGGCCUCGUCUGUUCAGAGAAAAAGCGCACAAGGAUCUCCAAAGACGAAGGGUACCACAGCUGCAGAAGGAUCUAAGCUUCAGAGCGCCCAUCACUGCCCGUCCAACUCUGAGGAUGAGAAGUGGGAGAGGAUGAAGUCUCCCCUGUCCAACCUGGCGUCCAUCGUAAAGCAGCAAGCUCUCGACACGACAGCACAGACAGGCGAGGGAAAUGCUCCAACUUUACCUGUUGCAUCAAGAAAAGCUGAUGUUCUGAAUCCACUCUCUGGGAGCCAAGACACCAAACCCAAACAAACAUCUGCUCUUGAAUACCCAGCAUACUGGUCUGGGGGAAAAUGGGCUGGUUUGCCAUCCCAAGAGGAUUCGACUCCAGCUAAGAAGAGGCACGAGAAAGCAAACGCCACUGAGCCUUCGGAGAAUAAUGCGGAGUUAAACACCAGCCAGGGAGAACAUGCCGGCCUACCAGCGAAGCAAGGCUUCUCAAAGCCUGCUGGCCACCUCUUUGGCAAUGCAUCAACAAACGGGAACAGGCUGGAGAGCAAACUAGCCCAGGUGUUAGAGGGGGAGAUGUUGAAGAAAGAAAUUGGGGCGUCAGACAGUCCUGCCAGUGAAAAAUUGGACGGCAUGGUCGCAUCUAUUCUCACAGGCCAGCGUGCGACGGGAGGCGACAAGUUUGAGAAGAAAACAAACGGAACCAAAGAGGAGUUGCCAACCAAAGCAAAAGCUGCCGCCGUCAAACAAAAGAAGACCAGUCUUAAGAAGACCAGUCUUAAGAAGCCGGCGAAGGAGAAGCCGGCGAAGGAGAAGACAGCGCCGGACUCAUCAAAGAAGGCUGCAGGAAAGAAAAAGCAAGACAUAGAAAACACUCCGACCAAGGUGUCUUGUCAGAAAAAGCAGAAGAAACAAUGUGCACCUGUGCAGGAGCCGAGUCCACCAGCGGGGAAACUUUCUCCACAGAGCAAAGAGCCGACUCCGAGGGACAAAAUCAGCCCCAACAAGGUGGAGCAACCAACCCGCAACAAAUCUGAUAGCAGCAGCCGCGUUCCAGAGACUCCUGAGUCCAUCAGUCGCUCUGCUGUAUCCAGUAAGGAGGCCGACGCUGCAGGGAGCUUCAUCCCGAGACUGAGGAGAGGACGACGGCGAGCCGAUGAGGCUCGGCUCGACCUCUGGGGCUUUGCGACGCCUUCCCCUCCUCCCCCACAAAUGCCUCCUCCCCCAGUUUCCCCGUCACCCCCCGUGAUUCCCGCCCAACCCGCCCGCCGUCCGAGAGGAAGGCCUCGCUCAACCCCUCUGCCAGAACGAGUGAUUCAGGGCAAAGGCAAGACAGCCACCUCAGAGGGGGAAACGCCUGCUCCUAAGAAACGCCGGCGAUGUCGUAGCAAAAAGUAUCAGACCGGGGAUUACAUCACUGAGAAAGACAAGCUGGAGGAUGGAGAGCACCUCGAAGAAGCUGAUUCUCUGAAACGGGACAGCGGAGUCCCAGCAGAUCCACAGGUGGAUGAGUGUUCGAGUCCCACCGCCUGCAGUCCAGAGCCUCCUCCGAGGAGACCCUCGUUCACUCGCUCGGGGUCGGCCCGCUACCAGGAGAGCGACGUUUCUCCAGAGUGCACUGACAAGCCUUCAGGGAAGAGGAAAUUCAAAAGCAAGCACUUGAGUGACAACGAUGAGCCGAAGGUUAAGACCAAACGCAGCAGCUUGGGUAAGCGUGCUGCCUCACUCGCGGAUAAUGAUGGCGCCGACGUAAAAAAAGCAGAGAGCGUCCCAACCACUCCAAAAAGUUUGCUAUCAUCUCCACCCAGUAAGAAAGGCUCAUCGGGGAAGAGCAGCAGCUUGGAGUCUCCACCCAAAAAGCCUGUUCCUCCGGAGGUCCGGCGGCUGAUUGUUAAUAAAAAUGCCGGGGAGACUUUGCUGCAACGUGCUGCACGUUUGGGCUAUCAGGAUGUAGUCCAGUACUGUCUUGAAAAGGACAUCAGGGAGGUCAAUCGGCGCGACAAUGCCGGUUACACAGCUCUACACGAAGCGUCCUCUCGAGGCUGGACUCAGAUCGUCCAGAUGCUGCUGAAGCACGGAGCUGACGUCAACUGUAGUGCCCAAGACGGGACACGGCCUCUUCACGAUGCAGUGGCGAGUGAUAACCUGCCUAUAGUCUGGCUGCUGCUGAACCACGGUGCAGACCCGACGCUGGCCACCUACUCCGGACACACGCCGGUCAAACUGGCACAUAGCCCGAGCAUGAAGACCUUCCUCACAGAAUAUUUCACGGACCUGGAAGGACGCAAAGAACAGGAUCUCGGCGCGCCCUGGGAUUUCUUCAGUAGCUCCCUGUUUGAGACCGACCAGGAGCCGUGCUGGGACUUCCUGCUGUCUGAGCAGAACCAGGACCUGGAGGAGGAUCCAACAGGAAAGACUGAGCCGGACUCGGACAAAGACCUCCUUCUGUUUGAGUUCUCCUCGGAGCCUCUCUUACCCUGCUAUCAUGUUCAGGUGUCAUUAACCCAGGGCUUUUGCAACUGGUUCCUCCUGACGGAUGUCCUUAAGCGUCUGAAGAUGUCGGCUCGGAUCUUCCGGGCGCGUUACCCUCACCUGGAGGUGGUGAGUCUGUCGCGAGCCGAGCUCUUGAGGCAGGUAUCGAUCAGCCAGGUGAGCUCCACCCUGGCUUCACCUUGCAAAGGCAAAAACAACAACAAGGAGGAGGAGGAGGAGAAGGCAGAAGAAGAGGCGGGACUUGUGGAUUUGGUGCGAUGUGUACCAGAGCUCCAGAGACUACUGGGAUCCUCCAUUGACAUCCUGCAAGAGGAUGAGGAGGAGGAGGAGGAGGAGGAGGAGGAGGAGGAGGAGGAGGAGGAAGAGACGCUGACAAACACAGGGAAGCCUCGCAGCCGAUAGCCUCUCUCUCUUUUUCACCGUGCAAACUGUUGUCAAACCCAAGUCCUUCCCUGCAAGCAGCAGCUCAAAGGAAACCUCUCCGUCCGAUGUAACGAGGGUCAUGGGUUCUAACUCCAGCGACAGUAAUGACACUCCACCUAUAACCUUUGACCUCAGACAGAAGGUGAUUAAGUGAUCACAAGGACCUGCACACGGGAGCGGUCGGUGCUGUUAAGCAGCUUUCAGGUUCCUAUCUAUAGGUAUAUUUGAAUACAUGAGAACUAUUGAGCAAACCUUUUUGUAUUGAUUAUGUAUGUACAUGGUAGUAUAUAUGUAUAUCUUGCCAUCAGGGUUAAAUCAUUUGGUUAUAUAAAUGUAUUCUUGUGGCAAAAGGACAAAUUAUGUUUAGGACUUUUUUGUUUGUUUGAGUUUGUUCAAGAAGAUCAAGACUUUUAUCUUGGUGAACUCUUGCGUAAGCUAAGACACUUAAGUCAGGGAGGCCGCUGGCCCGGAUGGUUCUGGCUCUGGUAACCUGGGAGACCUGCAGAGAAAAAGAAAGACCACGGCACAUAAUAUUCAAAUGUAAUCAGAGCUUCAUUUGCGUUUUCUCCUCUGUUCCAUUUUUUACACUUAUCACCCUUGAGACAUCGUUACUGGACGGACCUAGUAGCUUUGAUGUUUAUUUUUCCCUCCACGUUUUACAAAGUGAGCGCGGGCAGCACUGAGCUGUCGACGUCCCCGCUCACGGUAUGAAAUAACGUCUUUUCUGGACCUUGAGAUUGAGAGUUUGUUUACAGAGCUGGACCGAUAGUAGUGUUCUCCGCUCCCCAGGUCGCACUCCUCCUGAACUGAUACAGAAUCCUGUGGAUCUCUCUUAGAGGAAAAGUAGUCCCACCUCUGGAGUCCAGAGGCUGCUCCCUGUGUCCGAGGAGGCGAGACGCCCUCUUUACUGCAGCCACGUCCCGAUAUGAGAUCCCAGAGUGCUUUGUGUUGCAGUGUUUUAUUUACACUGUUUGUUGUGCUUAAUUUAAUAGUCAUUAAUAUAUUUGACCUCUUGUGUAUCAGACAAGCCUAUCUAUGGAAAAAAAAAUUGCUUUGUAUGGUUGGUGCUUCAUUUUGAAAUGUACUUAUUAGGAUCCCUUUAUUCUGACAUUUUUCUCCCUCAUUCAAGAACAGUAUUUCAAAAAAAAAAAAAAAAAGAAGCUAAAGUACAGUUUUAUUGUACUGGUGCUAAGACAGAUUUUGUGUUGACAAUCAAUGAUGUUUUGGUUUGAAGUCACAAACUAAUAAAAGAUAUUUAAGAUGAAGAGAGUUAAGGUGUAAAGAAAAGUAUAGUUUAGUUAAAACGGGGAAACAGCACGACUGAAAGACUGAGCAGUGCGGGAAGAGCCUUUUAUUUGAUUCUUUUAUAAGAAAUCAACAAGAAUAAAGCAUGAUUGUGAAUCAUAGUUAUUUUCUCUUUGCUUUGUCAGUUGGAUUGUUAUGAUGAUGAUGGCUGAAUUGAAUAUUCAGGGAAGAACUCUCACUCAGGCGCAUUUCAAAUUAUCCGUUCGGUCUCAGACAUUUUAUUGGAUAAAUGUAUUUUUAUUAUUUUUAUCACAGAUAUUUUUCCCCUCAAAGAAAUCGUAGGAAUAACCAUCAUAUUAAUUAAUCUGCUGUACCUGAGGAAAACCUUUUUACAUUCAAACUUAAAUAAGCUUUAUCUUACAGAUGUAUUGACAGUUGUGAUUCAGAACUAUGAUGAUCGAUACCAUAACUGGGCGUCCCAGAGUAGUGGUCAAGGGUGAACAUAUUACGUUAUCACUACGCCACUGGUUCAGUUCUAGCAGGUUCAGUCCGAUGCACAUCGCCCAUCUUACCCUCUCCCCAUGUUACCUGUCUGUCUCUACUGUCAAGCUUUCGAUAAAGGUGAAAAAAUGACAACAACUUAAAUAAGAUUUAGCACUGAGUUCUAUGAUAAUUUGCAUUGAGUGUCAGCCUACAGUGUUUGUAACAUCUUGCUUUUUCAGGCACCGACUGUAAAAUCCUUUUUUGUAUGUCUGCGAUGUGAUGUUUGUUUGUGCCUGAAGAAGAUCCGAUUGUUCUAAACAUUCAAAAGAGACUGACGAAGCUGAGAGCAGUUUACAGAUUCUACUUUUUGUCAUGAUAUCUCUUGUUUGGUUUUUGUUUUGUUUUUUGGGUGUGCAUACUUUUUCCCUACAUAGUUAUCAGUCCUCCCACAGAUAUAAAGCAGGAUUUAGAGUGCUGACUCAACAAAACUCUUUUCAAGGUCCAUUUACUUGUCUGUUCUGGAGCUUUCGAUCAUCUCACGCAGUCUUUAUCAUCAGAAGAUUGACUCUUUGAGAUUGUCUCGUUCUCUGUUGUUUCCAAGCUGUAAAGUUACAAUAUUUAAUUUUUGAAAGGAGAAUUAAGACAAUAUUCCUCUUGUAAAUAAAAGGGUUAAUCAUUGAAAAGUACACACACACACUCUGCUACAGCGUUUGGUGGCUAAAGUCUUACAUAAAUGCUGAUGUGUAACUGUCAGUACUGCGUCAGAGCGCAGCUAUAGAAGGAUUUAGUAUUUAUAGUCUCACUUUAAGCCAUAGUGGAUGAGACAUGCUCUGAAGCUACGUCUCCAAGACAACUGUGCUCAACUAAAUCUGCUGAUAAAGACUGUUUGAUUCAGUGGAAAUCUCCAGUACAAGGGAGAACAGUUUGUGGACAUUUUUAGUCGAGAUUGUUUUGUCCAGGGUCAAAAAAUAAAUUUUCGGGACUGGAAAUGUUAAAGUGACUUAUUUUAUAUCUGAUAACUCAGACAUACAGUGUUUUCUGACUGUAUUUAUCCACUAGAGGGAACCAGUGACAGUGACUCUCUUAAAAAAGUGAAUAGAGCAAUUUGCUGCCUGUUUCUCAACUGUAUCAAGUACAUGAGUUAGUAGUGACUUUACUGUUAAUAUUAUUUCAUCUAACUUUCUAUUGUUUUCUUAUCUGAAAAAACUCCAUAAAUAACUCUUCAAGCCCUUGUGAGCUCUUGUGUAGUUACAAUCUCACCUUUCUGAAAGACCAUGUUGUGUUUCCUUUAAUAAUAGAACAUCAAUAUUUUUUAAUGUGAAAAAGUGAGUACCCCAGGGCUCUGUUCUCGGCCCUCUACUGUGAAAGCUGGAUGUCAAAACUGAGACGCUGGUCAUUGGCCCAGCUCGACAUAAACACCAGUUUGAUCAAAUAACAUGAAUACUUGACGACUGUGUGAUAUACGAAAGAUUGACAGUUACGA